AGAGACUUAUUAAAGGAAUUUCCGCAGCCUAAAAACUUGCUCAACAGUGUGAUUGGCCGAGCCCUGGGCAUCUCCCAUGCAAGGGAUAAGCUGGUGUACAUCCAUACUAAUGGGCCAAGGAAAAAGAAAGUCACUCUGCAUAUAAAGUGGCCUAAGAAUGUGGAAGUGGAAGGCUAUGGGACCAAGAAGAUCGAUGCUGAGAGGCAGGCAGCAGCUGCAGCCUGUCAGCUUUUCAAGGGUUGGGGUUUGCUGGGCCCCAGGAACGAGCUCUUUGAUGCUGCCAAGUACCGGCUCCUGGCCGACCAGCUGGGCUGUCCAGAUGAGAGGUGGUGCUCGGAGGGCAAGUGGCGCUCCAAGUCCGGGCCCUCCCUUGCCGACCUCUCCACCUGCUGGCGGCGGAUGGAGCCUGACGAUUCCAUCCAGCCCAUGGAACAGGGCAGGAUGCCCAAAGCAAUGAGGAGAGAAGAGCUGGAGGAAGGGGAGCUGGAGGAAGGGGAGCUGGAGGAAGGGGAGCUGGAAGAAGAAGCAAUCGAUGUUUCUGAUUAUCUGCCCAUGGCACAUCAGGAUGCUCGAACCCCAGGCAGAGAUGCCAGCCGAGGAGGGAGUUCCAUUGAAAUGACAGAUGACAACACUGCCAUCCGUGCCCUGACACAGUUCCCACUUCCCAAAAAUCUCCUGGCCCAAGUGAUUCAGAUUGCAACUUCUUCCUCCACAGUCAAGGAAUACAUGCAGUUCCGCACGGUGGGCACCAAGACCAAGAUCUGCAAGCUGACGCUGCGCUGGCCUUGCCCCAUGACCUUUGCUGCCAAGGGCCGGCGCAAGGUGGAGGCAGAAAACAAAGCAGCAGCACUGGCCUGUCAGAAGCUGAAGAGCCUUGGCUUGGUGGACAAGAACAACAACCCCCUCAGCCACGCAAUGUACAACAUGACUUCCCUGCGGGAGCUUGGGGAGAACCAGAGGAAGCCCUGCCACAUCAAGGUGCCCGAGGCCACCCUGCGCAAGAUCGAGAACUACCUGAACCAUUAUCCAGUGGACAUCAGGGAAUCCAGGCCCCGGAUUGCCGAUGACAUGAUGAACCUGAGCAAGGAAUCUGGUGCCAUAAGUGAUGCAAUCACGGGGAAGACCUACAUCCCCAUGUUGGAAGCCGAGGAAGUGCGCCUUAGCCAGAAUCUCCUGGCCCUCUGGAAAAGAAGAGGAUCCUCGUGGCAGGAGAGCCACCCACUGCCAGUAGAUCCUCACAAGGACACCAUCCUGUCAGCCAUUGAGCAGAACCCUGUAGUGGUAAUAGCAGGAGACACAGGCUGUGGGAAGACCACGAGGAUCCCUCAGCUCCUGCUGGAGCACUACAUCCUGGAGGGACGCGGCGCCCGCUGCAACGUCGUGAUCACCCAGCCGAGGAGGAUCAGCGCCAUCUCGGUCGCCCAGCGCGUGGCACAAGAGCUGGGUCCCAACAUGAGGAAGAACGUGGGCUACCAGGUGCGGCUGGAGAGCAAGCCACCUGCCAGGGGAGGAGCCCUACUCUUCUGCACCGUGGGCAUCCUGCUGCGGAAGCUGCAGGGGAACCCCAGCCUGGAGGGGGUCAGCCACGUUGUGGUCGAUGAGGUCCACGAGCGAGACGUCAACACAGAUUUCCUGCUUAUCCUGCUGCAUGGCAUCCAGAAGCUCAACCCUGACCUGCGCCUGGUGUUGAUGAGCGCCACGGGGGAUAAUCAGCGUUUCUCACAUUACUUUGGGGAUUGCCCUGUGGUGAAGGUGCCAGGUUUCAUGUACCCAGUGAAGGAGUACUAUCUGGAGGAGAUAUUGGCCAAGCUGGGCCGGCACCGACACCGGCACUAUGAGAUCAAGCAAUCAGAUGAUGAAUGUGUCCUUGAUCUCGAUCUGAUCACUGAUCUCGUUCUCCAGAUUGAUGCCCAUGGAGAACCAGGUGGGAUCCUCUGCUUCCUCCCGGGCUGGCAGGAAAUCAAAGGAGUGCAGCAGCGCCUGCUGGAGAUGCUGGGCUCCCAGAACAGCCGCUACCUCGUCUUGCCAGUGCACUCCAACAUCCCCAUGAUGGACCAGCAAAACAUCUUCCAGCGGCCUCCACCUGGCGUCAGGAAGAUCGUCCUGGCCACCAACAUCGCAGAGACCUCCAUCACCAUCAAUGACAUUGUCCACGUGGUGGACAGUGGCACACACAAGGAGGAACGCUACGAUCUAAAGACCAAGGUGUCCUGCCUGGAGACAGUGUGGGUGUCCAAGUCCAACGUGGUGCAGAGGCGAGGCCGCGCCGGCCGCUGCCAGUCGGGGUUCGCCUACCACCUCUUCCCGCGCAGCCGCCUGGACAAGAUGCCAACUUACCAGGUUCCAGAGAUCCUGCGCACCCCCCUGGAGAACCUGGUGGUUCAGGCCAAGAUCCACAUGCCAGAGAAAACGGCAGUUGAAUUUCUCUCCAAGGCCCUGGACAGCCCUGACAUCAAAGCUGUGGAUGAAGCAGUGAUCUUGCUGCAGGAGAUUGGAGUGCUGGACCAGCGAGAAGCCCUCACCACUUUGGGCAAACGCCUUGCCCAGAUCUCCACAGACCCUCGGCUGGCCAAGGCCAUCGUCCUGGCCUCCAUCUACCGUUGCCUCCACCCUCUGCUCCUCAUCGUUUCCUGCCUCACCCGGGACCCCUUCAGCAGCAGCCUGCAAAACCGUGCCGAGGUGGACAAGGCCAAGGCUGUGCUGAGCCGGGAGAGCGGCAGCGACCACCUGGCGUUCGUGCGGGCCGUGGCGGGCUGGGAGGAGGUGCUGAGGCGCAGGGACAGCCGUGCCAGGGAUAACUACCUGCAGGACUACUACCUGUAUGGCCCCAGCCUCCGCUUCAUCAAUGGCCUUGUCAAGCAGUUCUCUGAGAACCUCUAUGAAGCCUUCUUGGUGUCAUCCCCAUCUGACUGUACCAUGCCCUCGUCUGUAUGUAACCAGUACAGUGAAGAGGAAGAACUGGUCAAGGGAGUCCUCAUGGCUGGGCUCUACCCCAACCUCAUCCAGGUGAGACAAGGCAAAGUGACCCGUCAGGGGAAGUUCAAGCCCAACAGCUACGCAUAUCGGACAAAGGCUGGCACCGUCCUGCUCCACAAGUCAACCAUCAACAGAGAGGCCUCCAAGCUGUACAGCCGCUGGCUGACCUACUUCAUGGCGGUGAAGUCCAACGGGGGGGUGUUUGUGAGGGACUCCUCCCAGGUCCACCCGCUGGCUGUGCUGCUCAUGACUGACACAGACAUCCACGUCCGAGAUGACGGCUGGCGAGCAACAGUCUCCCUGACAGACAGUGACCUCCUGGUGCUGGAGGGAGACUCCUACACCAUCCGCCUCCUGCGUGAUUUCCGUGUGUCGCUCUCCAAGAUGGUGGAGACGUGUCUGUGCUACGAGAUGGCAGCCAUCCCUGGGGACCUGCACCACCAGCACAGCCAGUUGCUCGACAUCCUGGUGGAUCUGCUCAAAGGCCCUCCCGGCAGCUUUGGCGCUUAGGCAGAGCUGGAGGAUUGUGUGGGGACUUGUAAUUUGUAUAAAGAUGUUCACAAAUGUUUAUUUAAAUAAAAGUUCUAUUUAUCCCUUGUGAAGUCAUCUCUCUCCAUCCUAGAAGAUUAAUGUUGUCUGAAUCUCCUGCUGUCGGCUCCGUGCAUGGUCACCGCGUAGGAAGAACCAGCGUCGCCUGGAAUGGACUGGGAGUGCUAUGGACCCUGACGGGAGCUCCCUGGACACCCAC